AUCGCCGGUGCGCUGUGUCCCUCGGACACAGCGGAUCACGGAAAGAGCCGAAGAUGUCGGCUCGGUCAUGUGAUCAGCUGUGUCCAAUCACAGCUGAUCACAUGGGACAUGUACACUGAUCAUCAGGGCACUGAUGAUCAGUGUGCCCUGAUGAUCAGUGUGGCCCCAGAAGUGCCACGUGUCAGUGCUCAUCAGUGCCACGUGUCAUGCCCAUCAGUGCCAUCAAUGCCACAUAUCAGUGCAUACCAGUGCACAAUAAUGCCACAUAUCAGUGCCUAUCUGAGCUGCCUUUUAAUGUCACCCAUCAGUGCCAGUCAGUGCCACCUAUCAAUGCCAAUCAGUGCCACCUAUCAGUGCCAGUCAGUGUCGCCUAUCAGUGCGCAUCAGUGCCAGUCAGUGCUGCCUAUCAGUGCCAUAUAUCAGUGUCAUGUAUCAGUGCUGCCUUUCAGUGCCCAUCAGUGAUGCCUGUCAAUGCCCAUCAGUGCAAACUACCAGUGCCUCCUCAUCAGUGCCACCUAUCACUGUCCAUCAGUGCAGCCUAUCAGUGCCCAUCACUGCAGCCUCAUUAGUGCACAUCAGUGAAGGAGAAAAAUCACUUAUUUACAAAAUUGUAUAACAAAAACUAAGAAAAAACUUUUUUUUUCAAAAUUUUCAGUGGUUUUUGGUUUGUUUAAGAAAAAAUAA